AUGGCCCUCGUUGGACGCCUCGACGCUGCCCCGCCCCCGGUGGACGGCGACGGCUCCUCGGGUGCCUUGGGCAGACGGCAGGAGUCCCCCGCUCCCUGCUCCUCCCCUUCACUGGCGGAUGGCAGCAGGCUCCGGCCCACGGCAAGCGGCGGUGACUCCUCCUCUCCCUCCCGGAAGGCAGCCGCCCCUCCAUUCCCAGGCGGUCGGCGGCGAGCUCGGGCGUCCCACCGGCAACUCACCCCAGCGCACCGCCUCGAGCGUCCAUGGCUGCGAGUCCCCCGCUCCCUGCUCCUCCCCUUCUACGGCGGACGGCAGCAGGCUCCGGUCCGCGGCGGCGACUCGCGCACCAUGCUCGAUGGCACCGCAGAUUCCCCACAGCGGCGAGGACCCUCGGACAGCGCGUUCCUCCCUCUUCCCGGGUUUCGGCACCAGUCAUCGUCCUGGCUGAAGGUGGCGUUGAUAAAAUUGGACCCCACAGCAUCGUCCUGGCUGAAGGUGGCGUUCACAGAACCAGACCCCUCAGAAUCGUCCUGGCUGAAGGUGGCGUUCACAGAACCGAACCCCUCAGAAUCAUCCUGGCUGAAGGUGGCGUUCACAGAACCGAACCCCUCAGAAUCAUCCUGGCUGAAGGUGGCGUUCACAGAACCGGACCCCUCAGAAUCAUCCUGGCUGAAGGUGGCGUUCACAGAACCGGACCCCUCAGAAUCAUCCUGGCUGAAGGUGGCAUUCACAGAACCAGACCCCUCAGCAUCGUCCUGGCUGAAGGUGGCGUUCACAGAACCAGACCCCUCAGCAUCGUCCUGGCUGAAGGUGGCAUUCACAGAACCAGACCCCUCAGCAUCGUCCUGGCUGAAGGUGGCGUUCACAGAACCAGACCCCUCAGCAUCGUCCUGGCUGAAGGUGGCAUUCACAGAACCAGACCCCUCAGCAUCGUCCUGGCUGAAGGUGGCGUUCACAGAACCAGACCCCUCAGCAUCGUCCUGGCUGAAGGUGGCAUUCACAGAACCAGACCCCUCAGCAUCGUCCUGGCUGAAGGUGGCGUUCACAGAACCAGACCCCUCAGCAUCGUCCUGGCUGAAGGUGGCAUUCACAGAACCAGACCCCUCAGCAUCGUCCUGGCUGAAGGUGGCGUUCACAGAACCAGACCCCUCAGCAUCGUCCUGGCUGAAGGUGGCAUUCACAGAACCAGACCCCUCAGCAUCGUCCUGGCUGAAGGUGGCGUUCACAGAACCAGACCCCUCAGCAUCGUCCUGGCUGAAGGUGGCAUUCACAGAACCAGACCCCUCAGCAUCGUCCUGGCUGAAGGUGGCGUUCACAGAACCAGACCCCUCAGCAUCGUCCUGGCUGAAGGUGCCGUUCACAGAACCGGACCCCUCAGCAUCGUCCUGGCUGAAGGUGGCAUUCACAGAACCGGACCCCUCAGAAUCGUCCUGGCUGAAGGUGGCAUUCACAGAACCAGACCCCUCAGCAUCGUCCUGGCUGAAGGUGGAGUUCACAGAACCAGACCCCUCAGAAUCGUCCUGGCUGAAGGUGGCAUUCACAGAACCAGACCCCUCAGCAUCGUCCUGGCUGAAGGUGGCGUUCACAGAACCGGACCCCUCAGAAUCGUCCUGGCUGAAGGUGGCGUUCACAGAACCAGACCCCUCAGCAUCGUCCUGGCUGAAGGUGCCGUUCACAGAACCGGACCCCUCAGCAUCGUCCUGGCUGAAGGUGGAGUUCACAGAACCAGACCCCUCAGAAUCGUCCUGGCUGAAGGUGGCGUUCACAGAACCAGACCCCUCAGAAUCGUCCUGGCUGAAGGUGGCGUUCACAGAACCAGACCCCUCAGAAUCGUCCUGGCUGAAGGUGGCGUUCACAGAACCAGACCCCUUAGCAUUGUCCUGGCUGAAGGUGGCGUUCACAGAACCAGACCCCUCAGAAUCGUCCUGGCUGAAGGUGGCGUUCACAGAACCAGACCCCUCAGAAUCAUCCUGGCUGAAGGUGGCGUUCACAGAACCAGACCCCUCAGCAUCGUCCUGGCUGAAGGUGGCAUUGACAGAACCGGACCCCUCAGCAUCGUCCUGGCUGAAGGUGGCAUUGACAGAACCGAACCCCUCAGAAUCGUCCUGGCUGAAGGUGGCGUUCACAGAACCGAACCCCUCAGAAUCGUCCUGGCUGAAGGUGGCGUUGCCAGAACCAGACUCCUCAGAAUCAUCUUGGCUGAAGGUGGCGUUCACAGAACCAGACCCCUCAGCAUCGUCCUGGCUGAAGGUGGCAUUGCCAGAACCGGACUCCUCAGAAUCAUCUUGGCUGAAGGUGGCGUUCACAGAACCGAACCCCUCAGAAUCGUCCUGGCUGAAGGUGGCAUUGACAGAACCGGACCCCUCAGCAUCGUCCUGGCUGAAGGUGGCAUUGACAGAACCGAACCCCUCAGAAUCGUCCUGGCUGAAGGUGGCGUUCACAGAACCGAACCCCUCAGAAUCGUCCUGGCUGAAGGUGGCGUUCACAGAACCGGACCCCUCAGAAUCAUCCUGGCUGAAGGUGGCGUUCACAGAACCAGACCCCUCAGCAUCGUCCUGGCUGAAGGUGGAGUUCACAGAACCAGACCCCUCAGAAUCGUCCUGGCUGAAGGUGGCGUUCACAGAACCGGACCCCUCAGAAUCGUCCUGGCUGAAGGUGGCAUUCACAGAACCGAACCCCUCAGAAUCAUCCUGGCUGAAGGUGGCGUUCACAGAACCAGACCCCUCAGCAUCGUCCUGGCUGAAGGUGGCGUUCACAGAACCAGACCCCUCAGCAUCGUCCUGGCUGAAGGUGGUAUUGACAAAACGAGCACAGGAUACACCGACCAGAUUGUCUACAGAGAGAUAG